AACUUUCAAUUCAACCAAUCGAUACUGCCAACAUGUAUACACUCUACACUUUAAUACACUCUAUGUGAAGGAACUUUCUUAAAAAGAGAUCACUCCGAGAUAUUAAGACUAUUUGAUGUUACACUAGAUGAACGAUUAAUUCUCAUUAUGGAUAUUGUAUAAUAUUGGUUUACAUCAGCUUCACGUCUAUAUUGGAUGAUGUAUGAUGUGUAAGCGAAUGCGCAUAGCAAGGGAUAUAAUCAUGAAAAUGAUUCUACUCUUCCUGUUCCUAAAUGUCUUGUCCGUCGAGUCUACACCUUCCUGGGGUUUUAACAAUAUCAGAAAAUCUUGGCACAUUUCUGACAGUGAUCUUAAAAGAUUCACUUUGGAUCCAGUAAGUUCAAGAAUAGUGACCAAUUUAUGUGAUGGAAGAGUGGCCAGUACCGUCAUGUUUCGUGUGGAGCCACCAACUAACUUAAUGGAAUCGUUUGACAGGGACAGGGAGCACGAUGACCUAACGGAAGCCAAGUCAUGCCUGGUUGUCAAUGAAACAUCUUCACAGUUCUGUGACAUUUGCACUUCUAAUUAUUGCCAGUGGGAUAUCUCCUUGCCGUGUAGGUUCAAACCCCAGCAGUCCAGGUGGAGCACAACCUUGGAGUUAUAUGUGACUAUUGAAAAUGGUUUACUGUCAGAGUGUAGUACAAUAUGCCUGGACAUUGGUUACAGCUUAGGACAAGUUACAUCAGCGAAUGUCAUUCUAACGAUUAUAAACUUCUUAAUUUACGCUUUAACAACAGUAAUAUGUGAUUGAAAACAUUAUUACAUUGUCUCUAUUAAUACUAUCAUACAAGUGCUGACUUGACUUUAUUUCGUUGAGUAGUGCAAGACUUAUCAGUUCGAAAUGUGAAUAAUGUUUUAAUUGUUACUUACUAUUAGCCUUUCCCUUGAUACGAAUUAAAAAAUGCCAAUCAUUUGUUAAAGGUCAA